GAAGGGCAGGUGCAAACAGCCCGCAGCAUUAACGCCACAACAACCGUUAUCUGCGCACAGGCCGAGCGGGCUGCACAUAGGCCUGGGGAUAUUUUACCUGACAGAGGAGCUUCAUAAGACAACCUUUAUUGUGUUUGGUUUCGGAGACUGUGGCGUACCGUCGACAUGACUCUGAACCAGAACCACUCGGAGUCCGGCGGAGUCAUCAUCAACAACAGUGAAAGUGUGCUGAUGAACUACGAUAACGUGGAGCUGGUUUUCUGUGAUACAGACAGUCUGCCUGAAGCCUUCAAAAAGAGCAAGAAAGGCAGCAUCUACCUAACACCGUACAGGGUGAUAUUUUUGGCCAAAGGACGUGAUGCAUUGCAAUCGUUUAUGAUGCCCUUUUAUCUGAUGAAGGGCUGUGAGGUCAAACAACCUGUGCUUGGGGCCAAUUACAUCAAGGGUACUGUCACUGCAGAGCCUGGAGGCGGCUGGGAAGGCAGUGCUACUUUCAAGAUGGUAUUUUCUGCUGGAGGAGCCAUUGAGUUUGGCCAGUACAUGCUGCAAGUUGCAGCUCAGGCAUCCAGAGGUCAGCCAGUGACUCCCGGGUUUGGUGGAUGCCCCUACAUGGCUAACGGAGCCUAUGCUUACCCUCCUCCCCCUGCCAAUGGGAUGUACCCUGCUGGACCUCCACCUGGAUACUCGUACCCCAACCCUCCUCCACCAGGUGGAUUUUACCCCAACCCACCUGCAUUCGAUGCCUCUGCAGCCUACAUGCCUCCUCCACCUUACUCCGCUCCUCUGGGCCAGCAGCCACCACAUGACCCUGACCUCCCCUCCUCAGCAGCAGCGGAGGCCAAAGCUGCUGAGGCAGCAGCGAGUGCCAGCUGUGCUACGCUGCCUCCAACACAUGUGUACCUGCCAGAGGACAAGCCUCCUCCCUACUCUCCACCAGAAGACAAGAAGAACCAGUAGACCUGCUUCCUCAUUCCUUCCUUUUCUUCACCUGUGUCCACUGUCCAUCAGCCCCUCUCUCAUUCCAUGAACUGGACAUCAGGACAACCAAAGCUUUUUUUUUUUUUUUCCAACAUUAUGCCAUCUUUCCAUCUUCCCUAACCUAUUUCUAACUCCACUGUUGCGCUAACCUUUCUCAUCCUUCUGUAUUUCCAUUCUGGUGCAAAUCUUUACAUUCCUUUAAAUGAUCCAUGUAAUGUAUUCAGACUUCCUUUAAAAAAGCA